UGCUUUAAGUCCCUCCCACCUGUAGAGCCAGUCUCUACUGUAUCUACCUGCAGUACAGGGUGUUAACACUGCUCUGUGCAGCCACUUCACUGAAAAAUAGAGCACUGAGCAGAAGCAGCCGGCCAACAAGUGACGUAGUGAUACUGGUCUGUCCAGCAAAAAAAGGGCUCUGGAAUUAGAGAAGCAGGGUGGCGGUGAUAGAACUGGCUGUAUUGAUAUAUACCUGCAAGAGCAAAGUUCAACCGACAAGGAGAGGAAAUAAAAGCACUGACUCUUCACCUCCAGACAAAAGUACAGCAGGUUUAAUGGCUGAAAAGUUUCAGUGAACCUGAGAAGGACCUGGCUUAUUGGUGAAUGACUUAAAGCAUCAGUGUAUUAUCCUGAGGCCCAGGGCCACUGUUUUGCAUAACUAAACAAGAUGUCGGGAUCUGAAGGCAAGAUGAGUGCAAAGGCUCUUUAUGAGCAACGAAAGAAGUAUUCCAAUUCCAACAUUAUCAUGCAUGAGACUUCUCAGUACCAUGUGGAGCAUCUCGCCACAUUUGCAAUGGACAAGAGUGAGUCCAUUGUGACAAUAGAUGAUGGCGUCAAGAAACUACUACAGUUGGAUUCAAAAGGGAAGGUGUGGACUCAGGAGAUGCUGCUGCAAGUGAAUGACAAAGCUAUUAGACUGCUGGAUUGUGAAAGUCAGGAUGAGUUGGAGAACUUUCCACUAAACACAGUGCAUCACUGCCAAACUGUACUCAACCAGUCCAAAUAUUCAUCAGUUUUACUGCUCAUGUGUCAAGAUUCUGAUCAGCACAAACCCGAUAUGCAUUUCUUCAAUUGUGAUGAGGUUGGGGCUGAGAUGAUUCAUGCUGAUGUAGAGAGUGCAAUCUCUGACUGCAAAGGAGGACAGAAAAUUCGACCUCAGACACUGAAGGUGAAUCAAGAGAAAAUGAAGAAGCAGCGGGAGACAAUAAUCCCAUCACCCCCUCAAAGUAUUGCACCUGCCCAUCCUCCUGGCGUUAAGAGUCGAGCUGCUGCCAUAAUGGCACCAAGUGGCCCAGUGGAACAAGAUCGGAGAAGCAUCAGUUCACAGGAGCAUGAGGAGUCCCCUGAAGUUUUGGCGCAAAAGAUUGAGAAAGAUGUGCAAAUUCUAAAUUGCACACUGGAUGACAUUGAGUUCUUUGUAGCCAAACUUCAAAAGGCUGCAGAAGCAUACAGUCAAUUGAACCAAAGAAAAAAAUCAAAGAAGAAUAAGAAAAAGGCACCAGCAGAGGGUAUGCUUACUCUGAGAGCAAAGCCACCAUUGCCAGCGGAAUUCACUGACUGUUUGCAAAAGAUCAAGCUGACCUUGAAUCUUUUGGCUAAACUAAAAAGGCACAUUCAAAAUCCAACUGCAGUGGAACUGCUUCACUUCCUAUUUGGACCACUUGAUUUGGUUGUUCAGGCCAUCGGAGGUCCAGACAUACCCAGGACCAUCAUAAGCCCGCUGCUUUCCAAAGAUGCAACAGAAUUUCUCAGAGGCCACCUCCAUGCAAAGGAGGUGAAGCUGUGGGAGUCACUGGGUGAGGCAUGGACCAGGUCCAGAUUGCUGGCUUCUGCAGUUGUUUAUUCCUUUUGGCUGGCUGGCAGCACCAAAAUGAGCCAGAUAAAUCAUUCAUCAACACCCUGCUUCCCUCCUCCAAAUGGGUAUGCAUACAGUAACACAUCUUUCAAGAGAGGCCAGAUUGCUGACCAGAAUACUGCAGUGGAUGCAUUUAAGCAGAGUGUUAGUCGACAUGUAGAUAGAAAUUACGAGGCACAAGGAAUCCAACAACAGAAAAGAUAUGUUCGAAUAGUAUAUGAUUUUGUGGCAAGGAAUGCCAAUGAACUCUCUGUCCUAAAAGAUGAGAUAUUGGAGGUAGUGGAAGAUAACAAGCAGUGGUGGAAGCUGAAGAGCAAAUUUGGAGAGACUGGCUAUGUCCCGUUUAAUAUGCUGAGUGUAGUAAAUAUCGAUGCCAUCCCCGCCCAGUCUGACUACCCUUACAGCCAGAGUGGCCAACGAUACAAAGGAGAAAUGAGUUCAAGAGGAACCGGGCCUAAUACGCCAGGCUACAUUUCACCUGGACCCUUUACUGGUCCUGGCCAUGUGAGACAUGGAAGCCAUGAGCUACCAGGACUAGCAAACAGGCCCUACUCAAGAGACAAGGACCACAUAAUGACACAGAUGGAUGAAGUGAAUGAUGAACUUUUACAUUUAAUAACUGCGAGCAAAACAAAACCACCUUCUCGCAAUUUUAUGGUCCCAAAGCAGUCAUCCAUUCAAAUACCACUAGGUUAUGAAUCUAACUCAGAUGAUGUCAAAUCCUGGUUGGAAGCAAAAACCUUCAGCAAAGCGACAGUGGCUGGUCUGGGUAUACUGACAGGAGCACAGAUAUUUUCUCUUAAUAAAGAAGAACUGAAGAUGGUGUGUGGAGAGGAAGGUGCUCGAGUGUACAGUCUAAUUCAAGUACAGAAGGCUGAGCUAGAUAAGCAUCGAGGAGAUACAGAACUGGAAGAAAUCAUGAAACGAAGACAAGAGAGGAUUGAUUCCAGUCAAUAAAGUUUCAUUGCUGUUUGCUUUGCGAUUGGACAAUAAGACCAGAAAUUAACCCUGUACAAAUGGAAGGGUGGGGUCUGUUAUACAGAAUUAAUAACUACUGAUUGUUUUGUGUAUUUUACUCCUGUUGUUUCAAGAGGAAAAUUCCAUUCAGAACCUGCGUGGCUUUCAUACUGGUAGUUGGCCUGAAGUAUUAAUACGUGCACCAUAUACUUUUAGAAAUAUAAAUAUAUAUAUUAUAUAUGCAUGUAGCUGUAAUAGUGGACAACUGUGGAGCAUUGUUGCCAAAACCUGAAGCCAAGUGAACACAAUAUAAAUGUAAUUUGCUCAUUAUUAGUUGAAUGGCAAAAUGAUAACUCUGCAGCAAGCUCCUGACCUAUACAGAUAAGCUGAGAAACUGCUAAUAGGCAACAUUAAUGGAUGAAUUGUGACAGUAAUCUUGUAACGUUCCUAUACCUGCUAUUUUAUUGGAGAGGGCUGGCAUCUCUGCUAAAAUGGAAAUGUAAUUGUUAUGGACCAGGCCAGCCCCCUCAAAAUGUUUCCAGACGAUAGCCUAGACCUUAACUUUUUGUAUAUUUUUUUAGGCAGAUGUAAAAUGGAUAUUCCAGGGGUGAUUUAUCUGGUCAAACCAUUCAGCUUUAAACAAAUCAGAAUUAAUUUAAACACUAUGGAUGAAACAUGAACAAAAGAAAACAGAAUUUAGAAUAACUGAACUUAUUUGAAUACCCAACUGCCUCUAUCACAACUUAACGAAGGAGCUAAUCCAAUCUCUGCAACACACCCUUGGAAAAAGGUAAAUCCAAACGUAGGUUCUUACAGGCAGGAGAGCUUUCAGGGAGCAUGGAAUCUCUUUGCCCUGUAGCUGCUUCUCUAGGUCCCCAGCAAUUUUUGACUGCUUGCUAAAAUAAACCAAACUAGAAAAAAACACCUGAACUGGGAGAACUGGUCAGUCCCCUGCCAUUGUUUCAAAGUAGACAUUUCCAGACAUAUAGGAACUUCUGCCUUUAUGACCUCUCUUGAAAUAAAAUCGAGGCCAACAUAACCUUGUUAAAGGGGCAGCAUCAUCAGACAAUACCAUAUAAACUAUAAACACUUGCCACAUAAUAUCAGCAUUCUAUCAAUAAUGGCUUAAAUAUGAGUAUUGACUUAAUAGUUCAGUAGGUAACUUAUAAAUUCAGUUAUUUAAGACUUAACACAAGUGUACAACAGGUUGCACACAUAAUAAUGGUCCUAUCAUUCUAGAAUAUUAAUGUAAUGACUACCUAUUAAUAGUCACUAUGGUACAUAAUGUGAGUCUUGCUAAAAAGACAUCCUGUUGAAAAUUUUUAUCUUGCACCCUUCAGAACAGACAGAUCUUACAUCUGUCUUGAUGAUUAUAAGAUGCUUCUGUUUCCAGUACAACUGCAGAAUAAUGUUUGCUUAGGCUUCUUGAAACAAGCAUAAAUCAUAACACACCACAUCCAAACAGACACUAAACUGAGACAAAGUAUUGAACUUUGUUUGGGAACCUCCUUGCUGGAAUAAAACACAAUGUGGCAGCAAGAGACACCCAACAUGCAUUUUGCAAGUUGGCCAAUCAAUGGCUCAGAGCAUGCUUGCUGACCAAUUUACGAUGAUAAUGAUCUCCUGAAGCUGAAGGAGCCAAUACGGGUCUCCCAAUACAGAACAUUAAUUGCCCCACCGUUUGAGCUGAGUGGUCUAAUACUGAGUGAGGUAAAGACAGCCUUUGCCUCUCUACUGGACAGCCAGAUGUCAACUUCUCCACUGGGCAGCCAGCAACUACAGCUUUGGCCCAACAGCCAUUGGUUGGUGAGCAGAGAGGAUUGCUAGAGGGAUGAAGUGAUAUCCCUGCCCCAUCUGCUUGGCAGGCUGUGUCCACUCACCACCAACAUUAAAGUGCUGUGUGAGACUUCACCUGCCGACCGAAAAACUCCACAAUCUUCCAUUGCCUUAAUAGACUUGCCACUACUUGCAGGCAGGCAGGCAGUCCUCUGUCCCUGGUAUACCCUCUCAAAUGGCUUGGGAUGUGAUGAUGGCCACAAAUCGGCAUCCUGACUGAUCUUGUAAAACUCCAGGCUCAUCUACCUCAUCAGGCUUUCAAAGUUCUGCCCAAGAUCAUUAAUGUGGAUACCAACUCAAAGGAAACAAGAUCUCCAUUCAACAGACAUCCAUGAUAACUCCGUUAGGUUUUUCAUUUAAUUAUAAUACAAAUUCAUAUACAGAUUCUCUAUUCAGUGAAUUAAUUGUAAUUCUAAGAAUAACUAAAUGGAUCCACUUCCUAAUCAUGUAGAUCUCACAUAUCCAGUACAUUCUUAAAAGAUGCUCAAUUUGAAACAAUAUCCAUGGUCGCAGGUACACACUUGAGAAUUAAUGCAGUGUCCACUUUCUACAAGCAACAGUCAGUAGUAGAGUAUUGGUAUUUUUAACCAUGGUCAUUUAUCAUUCUGCUGGUAGAAGUUAACUCCUGGCUACAAUUGUCAGUACUAAUAAAAGUUAGUAAAUAGCAGUAUGCAAAUUGGAUCUUGAAAUAUUUUCCUUUAAAUAUUAUUUUACUGUAAAGGUGUAUAUAUUUGAUUCUGAAUUAAACUGAGCAUCAUAAA